GUAGCUUUUCAUUUUCCAUGGCCUUUACAGAACAAGAGCCUUUCACUUGCUGUUGAGGCCAUCCCCCACUACCUUCACCAUAACCAUAACCAUAACCAUCCCUUUUGAAGAAACCAAAAAAAAUUAAGCUUCAAGAUUGAUUGACUGUUGUUCAAGCUUUCUAGCUUUGCCGAUCGAUCAUUUAUAUAUUUAUCUACAGUCGAGAAAUUAAGAAAAUGGUGCACCACCACUUCACCCUCAGGCGAAGAGUUAAACGCCGCGUUACGUUGCUCCGCCGCUGCAUUAAACGUGUCAUGGAUCGGCUGCUCAUGUCUUGCCUAGGAAAGCCAGUCCGGUACCGGAUGUUGCCAGUUUCCGCCGUUAUGUCCCCGAAUCAAACCCCUUCUUCCACUUUCGCGCCGUCAUCGUCACCGUCUUCGAAAUCAAGGGAGCUCCUCUGUCGUCCUCACCAUCAAAACAAGAGUGCUAGCCGUCGUCAGAACCCGGAAUCCAAGGACGAUUUGGUAGCCUUGAAGAUCAGCCUCUUGGGGGACAGCCAAAUUGGAAAGACUAGCUUUUUGGUAAAGUAUGUAGGGGAUGACGAGAAGGAAGAGGGAGGAGAGACAGAGGCGACAGGAUUAAAUUUGAUGGAUAAGACAUUGUUGGUCAGCGGUGCACGUAUAUCCUAUAGUAUUUGGGAAGUUGGAGGUGAUUUAAAAUCCCAGGAUAAUAUUCCGGUUGCUUGCAAGGACUCUGUAGCUAUUUUGUUCAUGUUUGAUUUAACAAGCCGGUGUACGCUAAAUAGUGUCAUAACAUGGUAUCACCAAGCAAGGAAAUGGAAUCAGACAGCAAUCCCAAUAUUAAUUGGAACAAAGUUUGAUGAUUUCAUCCAACUCCCCAUUGAUUUGCAAUGGACAAUUGCAAGUCAGGCAAGAGCAUAUGCAAAGGCCCUCAACGCAACACUCUUCUUUUCGAGUGCAACUUACAACAUAAACGUGAACAAAAUCUUCAAAUUCAUAACGGCCAAGCUCUUCGACUUGCCAUGGACCGUGGAGCGCAAUCUCACCAUUGGAGAGCCUAUUAUUGAUUUCUAGGGUAGUAUUUGUCUCUCUAACCCCAAAAGAAGAUACAACAGUCAAACAGGUCGGUUCCUGCAGGCUGGGAGUUGUCAUAGUCGUCGUCAGUCUUAUAACAAUUUGGGUUUCAUUUUUUCCAUUUCAUGAGUUUUCUUUUACUGGUUCUGUUUCAUGAUUUGGAGAACGGGAGAGGCGGACAGCCCACAUCUCCAUAUAUCAAUAAAGUUUGUUCAAGAAAUUGUAGAGGGAGUUCGAAAAUGAAAGAAAAGAAAAAAAAAAUCAUAAGUUUUGCUACAA